CUUCCUCCCCAGCGCCCAGGGAUGCCACCAGGUAGCCGGAUGCCCAUGGCAGGGGUCGAAGUACGGCCGCCCCGGGGGGUGAAGAGGAGGAAGAUGGCCGACAAGGUCCUGCCGCAGAGGAUCCGGGAGCUGGUCCCAGAAUCCCAGGCCUACAUGGACCUCCUGGCCUUUGAGCGCAAGCUGGACCAAACCAUCGCUCGGAAGAGGAUGGAAAUUCAGGAGGCCAUAAAGAAACCGCUGACGCAAAAACGGAAGCUGAGGAUUUACAUCUCCAACACUUUCACCCCAGCCAAAGAAGAAGGGGAGGGUGGUGAGCGCGUGGCCUCCUGGGAGCUUCGCGUGGAGGGCAAACUGCUGGAGGACCCGAGCAAGCAGAAGAGGAAGUUCUCCUCCUUUUUCAAGAGCCUCGUCAUCGAGCUGGACAAAGACCUGUACGGGCCAGACAACCAUCUGGUGGAGUGGCACCGGCUGCCCACAACCCAGGAGACCGAUGGCUUCCAAGUCAAGCGUCCCGGCGACGUCAAUGUGAAAUGCACCCUGCUGCUCAUGCUGGAUCACCAGCCACCACAGUACAAACUGGACCCUCGCCUGGCUCGCCUGCUGGGGGUGCACACCCAGACCCGCGCCAGCAUCAUGCAGGCGCUCUGGCUCUACAUCAAGCACAACAAGCUGCAGGACAGUCACGAGAAGGAGUACAUCAACUGCAACCGCUACUUCCGCCAGAUCUUUAACUGCGUCCGCAUGCGCUUCUCCGAGAUCCCCAUGAAGCUGGCGGGGCUCCUGCAGCACCCGGAUCCCAUCAUCAUCAACCACACCAUCAGCGUGGACCCCAAUGACCAGAAGAAGACGGCGUGUUAUGACAUCGACGUGGAGGUGGACGAUCCCCUGAAAGCUCAGAUGAGCAACUUCCUGGCUUCCACCACCAACCAGCAGGAGAUCGCCUCGCUGGACGCCAAG